CCAGAGAUCCAUGCUGUGACAGCUGUAGGAAGCGGUCACCACCGAAAGUAAAGCAAAUUGUAUGAAUGUUAACAUGUCUUAGCAUUCUUUGAUAAUUCAUAUAUAAUAUUAAACAUUAAUCAAACAAUGGCGCGGGUUGUGAAAAUAUUUCGGACUUUGCGAAAUCAUUGGAAGAAGUCUGCAUUUGCUGUUUGCGUCCUAUCUUACGGAGGCCACUGGCUUUAUGGUAAACACUGUGACAAUAUUCUGAGGAGAGAGGCCUGCCUAGAGGCUAGGGAAUUUGGACGUCAGCUAAUUGCGCCUCAAGAGCGCCUAAAGAAAGCUACUGUGAUCCUGAACCCAGCAGCUUGUAAUGGGAAAGCCAACAGUUUGUUUGAAAAGAAUGCUGCCCCUAUUUUACAUCUGGCUGGCUUCGAGGUUACAGUGGUGAAGACAGACUAUGAAGGUCAAGCCAAAAAACUGAUGGAUCUCCUGGAGCACACAGACAUGUUGAUUGUCGCUGGAGGGGAUGGCACUUUGCAGGAAGUGGUCACAGGUUUACUACGGCGAUCUGAUCGGGACACGUUCAGUCACACGCCAAUUGGAUUCAUUCCGCUGGGCUCCCAAAAUUCCCUGAGUGUCGGCCUUCACAUCCUCAGUGACAACAAGGUCAAGGACAUUACGUCAGCGACGCUGUCCAUCCUAAAGGGAGAGACCGUGCCUCUGGAUGUACUGCAGAUCAAAGGGGAGACAGAGAAGCCCGUCUUUGCACUGAUGGGACUGCGAUGGGGUGCUUUUAGAGACGUGUCUGCAACUAUUAGCAAAUAUUGGUACCUUGGACCACUGAAGACAAACGCUGCUCAUUGGUUUCAAACCUUUCGGGAGUGGCCUUUAUUCCGUGAAGUCACAGUGAACUACUUGGCGCCCACCCUGCGGCCCCCUGACCUGUCCCCGCAUAAGCCCCCCAGACCCAAUCUGCUCCGUCGCAUCAUCCGCCGGCUGAAAAACUACUGGAACCCGCCCCUUGAAGAGGCUCCAAAAGCGGAAGAACCAGAGCAGUGGAAGGAACAGAAGCUGUCUUCAGUCGAGCUGUUUAUUCAAACGCACAACAAAAACCCUCUUGAGCGCCGAAUCAACGAUUCCAUGAUGAUCUGCACAGAGUCUGCCAACUUGACUGUGGGAGAAUUCAUCACCGUCGGAAACAAAAAACAUCAGGACCCAACAAUGCUGACGGAAAACGCCACUAAACUAGAGGCCAGUGCUUGCCGGCUGCAGCUGCUCGAGGGCGCCAGCGGCUUCUACAGCAUCGACAAUGAGGACUACGAAGCCAUGCCUGUGGAGAUAAGACUGUUGCCACGGAAACUGCACUUUUUCAUGAGCGCAGAGCGCAGACGCCAGCUUCUGUCACAGAUGCAAUGAAGAAAGAAAAACAACACGACACCCGAGUGGAGACAAAAAUAACACAAGAACACCUCCUUUGCUAGCCUGUUUUUUUUUUUUUUUUUUUACAAA